AUGUCAGGGUAGGGAAAUGUAUGCCACUCUUCUUCUCUUCAGCCUCGGGCUCCAUCUUACUCGUCCAUGUCGAGAUAGACCUCCUUACCUUCUCUGAGGAUGACAUUUGGCAAAAGGGAAUAUCGAAGGCACCGAAAUACAGAAAGAUGGUCCCAAAGCCUUCGGUUGACAAUGUGAAUGCUGCAGAUAUAGAGCUACAGGACGUGCUGUCUUUCGUGGCUAUAAGGCCACCGGCCAAAAGUACAGAAAUACCUCAGCUAAGCUGCUUAUGAGGUCCUCCAGAAAAUAGCUUGGCACCUGUCUACAUCCCCCAUCCAUCCCUCUUCCCCAUUGGUCCACAGCCCUUACCCUUUCUAAAAUUCACCUCUCCCUUCUGUCCUCCAAACCACUGUACCACUGGACCUAUUUGUCUCUUCUGGAUGAGAAGGACAGACUUUCACAGGAUACGUAGACAAAAUGGCGGUCUUAAAGGUGACGUUCACCAAGACCACUCGGGGCAAGCUAGCCCUGGUGUUGUGGGUCCUCAACUGGAUCUCUGUGUUAACGGGCAUCAUCCUCUUCAGCCUGGGCCUCUUCCUGAAGGUGGAGAUCCAGAAACGGAAGGAGCUGAUGUCCGCUGAUGUCCACUCAGUGCCCAACAUGCUCAUCGCCACGGGCCUGGUGGCCUGUGUCAUCAACUUCCUGGGCGGCAAGAUCUGCUACGAUUGCGUUGACACCACCAAGUUCCUGCGAUGGAAGUUGCUGAUGCUACCGUACAUCGUGUGCACCUUCCUCUUUACCUUCUGCAUCCUGGUGGGUGCGCUCAUGUGCUACAGCAUGAGGAACGAACUGGAGGAGUCCCUAUUUCUGGGAUUGCGUAACGCCAUGCUCUACUACAAGGACACAGGCACGCCGGGACGAUGUUAUCUCAAGCGCACAGUGGAUUUGCUGCAAAUCCAAUUCCAGUGUUGCGGAAACGCCGGAUUCCGCGAUUGGUUCCAUGUCCAAUGGAUCAACAACCGCUGGUUGGACAUGACCCACAGUGAAGUAAGAGACCGUCUGAGGAGUAAUGUGGAGGGAAAGUUCCUGAUGGACAGAGUGCCUUUUAGCUGCUGUAACACAUUCUCUCCACGACCCUGCAUCCAGACACAGGUCACCAACAACUCCGCCCACUACAACUAUGACUGGAAGACGGAGGAGCGCAACCUGUGGACGAGGGGCUGCCGCCAGGUCCUGCUGGAUCAUUACACCAACAUCAUGCAGUCCAUCGGCUUUAUUGUGCUCAUCAUCUGGUUGUUUGAGCUAUGGGUGCUGACGGGCGUGCGGUAUCUCCAGACAGCUAUGGAGAACCUUCUACGGCAGGGUGACCCCGACCUGGAGUCUGACGGCUGGCUCCUGGAGAACAGCAUUGCCCAGACGGCCCGCUCUAACUUCAAAAUCAUCAAGAACCUAGGCAAGUGCUACCAGGUGGACGAUGAUCCUAACAUCGAUGUGCCCAGCACCGCUCAGCAAGAGGUGUCCACUUGCCAGAUCCCUGUGGCUAGAUAGCAUAGCGCAGCAUCCCUGGGCCAGGACUGAGGCACGCAAACGGGCAUCAAGUCCCAUUGUCAUUAGGUGUAAGCCUUUUGGAUGGCAGACCUGUCUCCAGAUUACAACGUGCGACAGCUGUGAAUUGAGGGAUCAAAAGGUGAACGUGGCAAGUGUAGCAGGGCACCACAAAGACACACAAACAGGAUCAAGGACAGCCUAUGCAGAGCGUGCUCUAAAGAAUUACCUGCUUUGUCACAUGAUUCUACAACACCUGCAUCAUCUUAACAGUGUAAGAAUAUGAACUGGCUGCAACUUUGUCAUUGUGCCAUACUUAAGUCAUUAAACUGAAAGGGGAGCAGGGCAAAGUUGAAACGGGGUUGAACUCGUGUACAACCCAGUACUACAACCCCAUAGACAUAACGGGACAUGGAACAGUCUGAGUGAAAGAUGAUGUCAUAAUGAGCCAUAUAUGUCAUGGGCAACAAUUAUGCCAACAAGGCAGUGGAGGCUGCUGACGGGAGGACAGCUCAUAAUAAUGGCCGGAAAGGAGCUAAUGGAAUGGCAUCAAACAUGUAUUUGAAUACCAUUCCACCUAUUCCGCGCCAGCCAUUACCACGAGCCCAUCCACGCCCAAAUAAGAUGCCACCAACCUCCUGUGCAAGAAAGUGAUAGACAUAAACUGUUUAACAAAUUGUAUAAAGGGAAAUGGAAACAGCAAACUUGAAUUGCCUUCUACAGUUUCUUCAACUCAGUCUCCCAUAUGUAACUUUCUUUGUAUUAUGGGUUACUUAAGCAAUAAGGCCCAAGGGGGUGUGAUAUAUAGCCAAUAUACCACGGCUAAGGGCUGUUCUUGGGCAUGACGCAACGUGCUAGGAAACAGCCCAUAGCCAUGGGAAUAUUGGACAUAUAUCACAAACCCGAGGUGCCUUAUUGCUAUUAUAAACUGGUUACCAGCGUAAUUAGAGCAGUAAAAAUAAAAGUUAUGUCAUACCCAUGGUAUACAGUCUGAUAUAGCAUGGCUGUCAGCCAAUCAGCAUUCAGGGCUCGACCCACCCAGUUUAUAAUAUAGAAUAGAUGUAUGGGAUAUAGAACUGUAAGGCAGAUGGUUCAAAUAGAGCUGGAAGAGGAGGGCCAGUCCCUUGCAUAUAUUUCUGAUGAAAAGGUGACAUGGACAAACUGGACUCUUUCAGGAAGAUGAUAUUCCACAGAUGAUUUCCUUUAACGUGUUUUAUUGAGCCACACUCCCACAACCGUUUUAAAUGACUUUAAACUGGUCGGACAUCUAGACUGGUCGGACAUAGCCUGAACGGUUUCUGCUGUCUUUUUGACUGACUAUGACUAUAGGCAACGCAUUUAUCUUUCUCUUGUGCCUCUGCCCACACAAGAUAUUAAGGGCAGCCUUAAUAAAACACAAGAGUUUUAACACAACUUGAGAAUAUUUGAUCCCAUGUUUUCUUUUGCAGGGACCUUUCAUAACUGAGAAAUAACCAAGUAAACACAACUCAUUUGCUUAGGAAUGUGUUGUCAGGUUAUCAGGCUCACACCAUCAAUGAGAUUUGGACAGGUUCAUUGUCUAGAAAUGUGAAAAUUCAGUAAUUAUGUCAUGGUAGUGGACAGUUAAGUUGAAUAGAAAACAUGAGCUGGCACACACCCAGUGAAAAUUGUUUUAUGUAGAGGUGAUGACUAACUGUCACGUUCUGACCUUAGCUCUUUUGUUAUGUCUUUGUUUUAGUAUGGUCAGGGCGUGAGUUGGGUGGGUUGUCUAUGUUUGUUUUUCUAUGAGUUGGUAUUUCUGUGUUUGGCCUGG